AUGUACAUCCUUUAACAACUUGCAGCUUAAUUCCUAAUUUACUCAAUUUUACUCAAUUACUCAAUUUACUCAAUUUACACUUUUGCACUGCUUGCUGUUCAUUUUUUAUAUCGAUAUCUAGCAGUCUGCAGGUAAUUUCUUACUGAUACUGUCUUCUCUUAAUCUUAGGUUUGAGACAUUAUAAGCAUGUCUGUAAUUUAAUUUGUUUAACUAAAUUUUCCAGACCGCUUGCCAUAGCCCAAUUUUUCCGCCCAAAAACUAUUUUCCUCAAUUCCCUAUUUGUAAUGUGUUUUGGAAGUUCUUGGCUGCUCAUCGGUCACAUAAUUAUGUGGCCUGAUGAUCACAUAUAUGAUCUAAUUGAUGAAAAGUUCAAAGAAAUUCAUAACACAAAUAGUAGAGAUUUGGCAAUGAUUGUUGCAAAUUAUGAGGUGAGAAUUGUAAGUUGAAAGACAUUUAAUAUAAAGGUACAGUAUAGUAAGAUAGGAUACUACGAAAGUAUACUCAGAAUAUAUAAAAAAGACCAAAUAUCGAUUUUAAUUUGCUCUAGUUUUUUUUUAAAGUUUUCAGUUAACGUUUUGGUAAUUUGGCGAAUUUUCAAAAAGUUUGGCCAUUUUUAUUAAUAUCAGACAUUGUUGCAAGCUGGCCCUCGCAUAAUGUUUGAAUAUAUUAAUAAUUUCAAAUAAUAAGUCAUACAACGCAAAAUGUAUCUUGAUCAAUUUUUUAAAUCAUAAUAAGUGAAAACUGAGUAAUUACCACUUUAUGACGGAAAGUUAAAAAAAAACUUCAAAAUGUUGACUGACUGUACUAUGAUAUUUGCUCAUCAUAUCAUAUGAGUGUUCCCUUCAAAAACAAUUACAGUACCCCGUGAAUGACUGGUCAAAAAGUGGAAUUCUGGGAAUGCUUGUAGCCGCAGUUAUCACCAAUUCUAUUAUGAUCAUCUAUGUUUUCUUUGCACGAAAAAUUCACUUGUCACUGAAAGCAUGCACAUUAUCAUGUACUACGAAAAGAUUACAUUCAAGUCUUCUCAAAUCUUUAAUUGCGCAAACUAUAAUUCCAUUAAUAAGUACAAUCAUCCCUUUAUUUGUUGUAUGGUUCCUCCCACUUGCCGGUGAUAAUUAUGGAGUGUAGGUUAUAGAUUCAUAAGUUCUUGAAAUUUUUAAAUACUUUCAUAAUACUGUCAACAUAUAUUGUGCCUAUACUAAGCGUUUAUCCUGCAAUUGAUCCAGUUGUUAUCACUUGUUCAUUAUCAGAUCACAGAAAUUCUGCAUUGAAGAUAUUGGGAUUCCAAAAAGAUAAAACCAAUGUAUCUAAACGUUGA